AUGAAUGGAAUCGUCCCUGAUGCCACCCGUGGGCAGGAGAAAAAUUUGGUUUACAUUUGUAGUUUACUUGCAAGCUGGGCACCCUCCAAGUUCUCGAUCGACCCGGGCGUCAGCGACACUCUCCAGUCGUCACUGAACAACGACAAGAGUAUGCGAGAGAUAUACCACAGCAACAACAACACCGACGUCCGCGUCAUGAAGUUUCAUGCGGAUUGGUUUAAACAUCUCAACCCAGGAUGGAACUUAUCGGACACGGCCCGUGCCACGGGUAUCGGUCAGAUCAUCGUGAACUUUUCUUCGAAGCAAGAACAGAAUGGGACUACCGUGAACGUCCUGGCCCCUGUUGACGGCACCAACAACACUGCAGCAGAAAUCUUCCUUGCCAAAGUCUUCGGAGUUUACUUGUUGGAGGGCCUAGCGAGAGGCAAUCUAGAACAAAGGACUCGGGUCAAAUUGAACGAGACUGAGGAUCAGCUGACGUAUCUCGACUUGAACGAACAACACGGCUACCGCGGCGGUAUUCAUACAAUAAGUCAUUAUAACAAUACACAUCAUCGAGAUAAGUGGAAUGGCAACACUGUCGAGGUCAGCAAAAGCUUCGCGGACUUCAAGGCAAUGCUCAACACGACUUUCCCAAUGAAUUUCACUGCGGAACGCUACGGAUACGGAUCAGGUCAAGGUCGCAAGACGUUGGAAUUUGCUCAGGUCAUGAUGCUUGUAUACCUCGGCACCAUCACCUUUUAUGCUGCAUCAGUCGGAAUCGGGUAUGUUUUGGAACUUUUCAAGUUCAAGUCAGGUGGAGAGCGCAUCCGGGUCCUGAGCGUGAUACCGUGGUCAGAUUUACAAGACUUGAUCAUACUCGCACUCAAGACGCCGCCUCCAUCUGAUGAAGACCUGGCAGAUGCUGGAGCUGGUGUCACUUCUGACAAAGUGUGGGAGAAGGUUGUGAGAGCGGAGUCUGACGAUAAACGCAAUGUUCAGCUAGCCUUCCAGGAGACAACACAUACGAGGAAGCUAGAUGUGAGCCGGAAGGAGCGGUAUUACUAA